GGUGGCCUCUUGCCCUCCCCCCUCUUCCCUCUCUCCGCCUCGAGGCUAUGUCCACCCGGCGGGGCGAGGGGGGCAGCGCCAGAGACACGCAGCCGCGCGGGGGCUACGGAGCCCGGAACCAGCCCUACAAGAUGCGCUUAGGACCCCCGCGGCUGGAAGAAUGAGCUUGUCCUUCCUUCUCCUCCUCUCGUUCAGCCACCUGAUCCUCAGCGCCUGGGCUCACGGGGAGAAGCGCCUCGCCCCCAGAGGGCAACCCGGACCAGCUGCCCCCGAUACGAACCCCGGAGGUUCCAGCAGCCGGCGGAGCAGCGGCGGCACGACGUCUUCCUCCUCCUCUGCCUCCUCCUCCCCCGCGGCUUCUCUGGGCAGCCCGGGAAGCGGCUUGGAGCAGAGCAGUUUCCAGUGGAGCCCCUCGGGGCGCCGCACCGGCAGCCUGUACUGCAGAGUGGGCAUCGGGUUCCAUCUGCAGAUCUACCCGGAUGGCAAAGUCAACGGCUCCCACGAAGCCAACAAAUUAAGUAUUUUGGAAAUAUUUGCUGUGUCUCAGGGGAUUGUAGGAAUACGAGGAGUUUUCAGCAACAAAUUUUUAGCGAUGUCAAAAAAAGGAAAACUCCAUGCAAGUGCCAAGUUUACAGAUGACUGCAAGUUCAGGGAGCGAUUUCAGGAAAACAGCUAUAACACCUAUGCCUCAGUGAUACACAGGACUGAGACCACGGGGCGGGAGUGGUACGUGGCCCUGAAUAAGAGAGGGAAAGCCAAGCGCGGGUGCAGCCCCCGGGUGAAACCCCAGCACGUCUCCACCCACUUCCUACCACGGUUCAAGCAGUCGGAGCAGCCUGAACUUUCUUUCACAGUCACUGUUCCUGAAAAGAAAAAGCCACCUACCCCCACCAAGCCAAAGGUUCCCCUUUCUGUACCUCGGAAAACCCCCAAGACAGUGAAGUACAGACUCAAGUUUCGCUUUGGAUGAUACCCAUUCUGGCCUUGUUAGGAAACAGUUCUUCCCCCCUCAGGAGUUUCUGUAUGUGUCUUCAGGGCUCUGAAGGAACAUUUUCAGACGCAGCUUGAGCUAUACUCAUACUGUAUUGAAGUCAGGUCAUUUGAUUCAGUUUGACUAAAACACAAAUGUUUUUUGCUAGGGAUGGAACUGGAAUCCUUUAAACCAAUCCAGGGAACACGCCGCUUUGGGUCAGUAAGACAUACAGCCUUCUGCUUUAUGCUUAAGGGAUAUUCAGAACUCUGUAUUUUCAGAACGUUGAUAACAUGAACUAUGUAUUUUUCUGACUUUUACAGAUCAACUUGAAAGAACAUUCAUGAUACAUUUUUUAUUUUUGGUUUCUAAAGAAUAUUUUGAUGCAGAUAAAAUAUUUUAUUAAAUUUUGGGUUUUUUU